CAAGCCAGUGUCGGCCACAGUCUCGGCGCGUUCUUCAAACGGAAGUGAUCGGUUGUUCGUUGCAUUUGCUCGAUCGGUAAAAUCGCGACAUUCGAAUUAUAAUUGCUGGAGCUUAUGCGGUUUGGGAUUACAUUGCAUUGGAUUACAUACUUAAAAGGAUACAUACAUACAUUGGAUUAUGGAGCGUGUGCUGUGAAUAAAAGUGUUGAUUAAGAAAGUGCUAUACGAUCCUUGUGACGGUAUAGUAAUAUGAAGCCCUUGUGUUUUUACAAAUAUUGUACAACUUUAACAAUUAUAAAUUCAAUAUGCCAUUAAAUUGAAUAAAGGUGUCGUGAAAUGUGCAAAUGAAGAAUGAAAAAACAAAGAAAUUAAAUAAUAAAUUUGAAAAGUGCGCGAAAACAAUUCAUGAUACACGAUUAUAUGGACAGUUGUGUGAUUGUUAUUACAUUUUAUGACACAAAAUCCCCCAAUUGAUGGAUACCGUUAUACCAUAGCGCUACAAAAAUGGCAAAAAUAAAACUCUUUGCCGAUGAUAUUGAUAUGUUCGGCCCAAGGUCUCAAAGAAAAUGUCUUAAAACUGCUCUUAUUCGAAUACUAGCUGUAUCUGGCAUAACAUUGGUGGUCCUUUUUAUAAUACUGGUCUAUCACGCAAUAACGCUUGAUAGAAGCGGCAAGCAUCAUCUUUUUGACACGUUGAGUUUCCAACAUCAAAGUACGCAAAAUAAUCCGCCCUUCGUUCAGUUACCUCGAGAUGAAAGGAUUAAUACCGCUGAUGGUUCGACAUCCGACAACGAUGAUCGAAAUUUAGACGUCCAACACUUGCGUUCUAUAGUUUCCGAUCAUCGACAUAGCAGAGCUCUGCCCGACAAUCUGGAUCCUUUAUUUUUAGAGAGUGGUCCAAACUUCGAUAGUCUAUAUACAAAAGUGCGGGACAAGCGAACCCGUUUGGAGUUGGGUAAAUUAGAGAAAGAAUACUUUCGUUGUAAGAAAGAGUCAGAAAACAGUAGCACGUGCAUGGUUGCAUUUGUAAAACUGUACAAUUUAGCUAAAGAAAUCAGCGAGAAAAUGGACAAAAUGAAGGAGAUAUUUAACGACAACGAAGAAACACGUAUACGAAGCUCGGAUUCCAAAGAGUCCAAUGAAGUCGUGGACGAUAUUCAAAAGGACGAUAACAGCAAGGAAGAAAUAACUUCUAAGACGGAGUCCACCUUGACUACAGUGACUGAAGAGGACGACAUAGCAAAUAGAAAUACUAGUGCAAAGGACGACGGGGAGCAAAUUCAUUUUAGUUGGAUAAUCGAUGGACAAGAGGAUAAUUUUCAAGGUAAAGAAACUACCAAGGAAAGUACAAUUGAAACAACACCAAGUAUAUUGACAAAACCCACAGUAGAAAAUGAAUCACACAAAAUAAGCUGGAUUGUGGAUGGUUAUGAAAGUGAUAAUGACACAAUGACCAUGGAUAAGCCAGUAAUCCCCGAAACUACUGCGAAACCGUUUGAAACAAAUGCAACCACAAAAUUUGCUGAACAUAGUUCUGUUACUACUCCCACGACAAAGGUUAUAGUGGAGGAUAAACCUGAGAAGAUUAGUUGGAUAAUAGAUGGACAUCACGAAGAAGAGGAAGAAAACGGAGACAAGUUUACGAAUACGACACAUUCAAGUUUAUUUAAGGAAUUAACUUCUAGGAGCACAGAAAGAGUAACAUGGAUUUUAGAUGAAAACCAAAACGGUGAAACAACUCUGAGACCAACAACAAAAUCCAUAAUGCAUAUAGAAGACAAACCCGAUAGGUUCAGUUGGAUUAUUGAUGGUAACGAUGACAAUGUUGUAAUAACGUCUACAACUAGGACCACAUUGACGUCUACUCGUGAUAUCUUUGAAGAAUUGGAAGAGGUAACGGAAGCUGUUGAAAAAGAAGAAGAUAAGUUGCGAAAAUUGAAAUAUGACUCGCUAAUAGAAGAAGAAAACAAAUCUUAUGAACAAUACAAACAUACUGCUUCAAGCACGGCGGUUCCACGUGGACACUCAACGCCCUACUUGGUAAUGAAUCAAACGGUGAUACUUACCAAUACCACAGAUGUUACAAUAACGUAUGGCGGGGACUGUGUCACAACUCUAAAACCCAAACUGGAACAAGAAAAAGCACGUACAAGUAGUAAAGACCGCUCACAUCCACUGGAUUAUCCCUCCAGUAUAGAGAAUAUGCUCGACAGCUCUGAGAUACAACACGGUUUUAAACCUAUAAAACAGGAUGUUAUUUGGCCAAACAUUAAGAACGAUACCCCGUCCACCAGUACUCCGUAUGAUCCUAAAGUUUGGGAAGAACUAUUCCGUAAGGGCUCAAUGAUACAACAUCAGCGUGAUGAGUUGAUUGAUACAUUCGGACCAGGAGAUAUUGAGUCAAUGAUGAAAUUUGGUGCAAAACUGAAUUCAGCAAAUACAAAUGCAUUCCAGGACGCGCAAUUCCUGUCAUUGUGUGAUCAAGUGGCAAGACGUUUGCAAAACAAGGGCACACAUACGAUGACUGACACCUUUACGCCGGCACCAAGUUCGCAAUUUACAAGCCGUGGUCCAGGGGGCUUUCCAGUUACUGGUGAAACGAUGAAGGCAACCGCACAGUUUCUUUACAAUCCCAAUUUCGGCAUGCCCACCAUACCGAUAUGCUUCUACAUAACUCCUGCUAAUUUUCGCAUAAGUAAUCAGCACCCUAUGUGGUCGUCAAAUUUCCAAGGCAUGCCAAGUAGCUAUACCAGCGGUCCCAUGAGUUUCAACACCCCAAAUGGUGUUUUCUUUGUGCCUCAGAACGUCGGUCCAACGGGAAAUUUCUUUGGCCAGACCGGUGGUACGGGUACAGGCGGCCAAAAUAACAUGGGGAAUCUGUUCACGAAGAAUGCUGCACCUCGCAAACAACAGCAACAGUUCUUCUGUACUUAUAUGCAAAACAAUGCCAAUAAUAGUCCCAGCGGCGCCAGUGGUAGUGGGCUUGGUAGUAGUAUUAACACAAUGGGUUUCCCCAACGGCAAUUUUAAGAUGCGUACGAGUGCACAAAAUCUCUCGAGUGACAUUAUUUACGCAUCAUACACCAAUAUUCCGGAUCACUUGGGUCAUGUGGAUCAUUUCCAGUGUCCUUUGCCAGGACAGACAGGUUGUUAUGGCGGAAAAGAGUGUAUACAAAAAAGUGCUUGGUGUGACGGUUUUGUGGACUGUUCUGACGGCAGUGACGAGGCAGCUUGUCGUUGCGUAGAUCGUUUGGCUAGCAAACGUAUUUGUGAUGGAUACGCCGACUGUCCGAUGGGUGAAGACGAACUUGGCUGUUUUGGAUGCUCCGAUUUAAUAUAUUCCUGUUACGCCAGUCCUGAGGAGUAUGCCGCAUUCAAUCGGUCGACGGUGUCGAUGUGUUACAGUGCAACCGAAAAGUGUGACGGCAUCAUGAAUUGUUUGAAUGGACGAGACGAACUUGAAUGCAAUAUCAUUGUUAAAGAUGUGAUGGAUCACAUGUCUCAUGCUGUGUCCAGUUCGAGCGGUUUCCUAUUUCACAAUUAUCGUGGUGAAUGGUAUCCCGUGUGUAACAACGCUCAGAAGUGGGCAAAUGAAGCUUGUGCUAGUGAAUCCGAACACAGCGCUACAGCGAAUGUGACUUUCCGUGAGAUAACAUUAUCCGGUCCUUUUAUUGAACCAACUCUAGUUGGACAGGCACACUUUCCUCAGUCGUGUCAGCAACGCGACGCUCAAGACAAUCUCGUGGACCAAGCUGCUUAUGUUAAUUGCUCUACAACAAAGUGUGGUUUAGUGAAGAAGAAAAUUUUAACAACUUUUCGUCGCAAACGAUCAAGAGCUUUGACGGUAUCGCAAACAAUGAAAAUUCAACAGCAGCGUGACGUAUUCAAUGGACGCAUUGUUGGCGGCAGCUAUAGUGCUCCAAUGCAAUGGCCUUUCGUCGUUGCCAUAUAUAGAGACGGCAAAUUUCAUUGUGGUGGAACCAUAUAUUCCGAAAAUUGGAUUCUUAGUGCUGCACACUGUGUUAUUAACUACCAUAAAUACUAUUAUGAGAUUCAUGCUGGAUUGCUACGUCGGACGAGUUUUUCGAGCUCUACUCAAAUACGUGUUGUAUCGCAUAUAACUGUGCAUCAGGCAUAUGAGCGGCGUAGCAUGCGUAAUGAUCUUUCACUUUUACGUAUGAGUGAACCACUGAAAUUUAAUCGUUGGGUCAAACCGAUUUGCUUACCCGAUAUGGGCCGAACUACAAUUGGUGAAGAUUGGAUUUGGGGACCCGAAGAGAACACGUUAUGUACGGUGGUUGGUUGGGGUGCCGUACGUGAAAAAGGACCUGGAAGUGAUCAAUUACGCGAGGUUGUCGUACCAAUACGGAAGCAAUGUACAGAGCUAGAUGACAGAAGGUCUGAAGACGUUUGUGCUGGUGAUGCUGGUGGUGGACGUGAUGCUUGUCAAGGUGAUUCCGGCGGACCUUUGUUCUGCCGAAGUGCUAACAAUACGGAGGAGUGGUACGUAGCUGGAGUGGUCAGCCAUGGCAAUGGUUGCGCGCGCCCAGGCGAAUUCGGUGCGUACACACGGGUGGCGCUAUACUUGGAUUGGAUCGAAAUGGGUACACAAUUUCUAGCGAAACUUCAGCCGCGUUUAACAUGUCCGGGCUACAUUUGCGUGUGGGGUGGGAAACGCUGCAUACCUAAAAAACAACGUUGUGAUCGCGUUGUGCACUGCUUAGGCGGUGAAGAUGAGGUGGGUUGCACUUACAAUUUCAUUCCAGACAUGGUCGGCAGUAGCAUAAAUGAAACAGCAACAACAGAAAGUGAUUAUUAUCCCGAAAAUGUGGUGACGCUACCAUACUGUAAAGCAGCGGACACAGAACGCCAAGCCCGUGUGGAAGCAGAGGAGGAAGAAGAUACUACUACACCGGUAUCCACAACAGAAAUUCUAACUAGUGUUACGGAAGAUACUAAAAAGAGUGAAACCAGUUCCACUGUGUCUAGUACGACUGAAAUAAAUAGAACGGAAUCUACUACAGUUGGUCCGACUACCAUCGAAGAACCCAGCACCACAGAAGUAAGCAUCACGAAAUCGACAACUAUCGAAACCAGUACCGAUGCGUCGACAACUGUAGCAAGCGAAACUUCACAGUGGAUUACGGCAGGCAUAACUACAACGUAUCCCAGCACUAGGGAAACUACUACGGCAGUAAGUACCACAGAAAUUAGCACUGCUGGUAUAAGCACGACUGUGAGAAUUGAAACCACAGAAAUGAGUACAACGGAAGUUACAACUGAAACUUCGACAUCCACCGCAAUCACAACUGAUUCGUUAACGCCGUUUGAUGUAGAAAAUUUGGUUACAACACCGACAACUGACGCUACUACUGUCACGCCGGAUAUAACCCAGACAUCGGAAAAAAUUACUACCGAUUCGACCACAGAAACGACUAAUAAUGAUUCAACCACGAGGAAACCAAAGAAGUUUAAUAAUUCCACUAUACCUGGGAAAUUCGUAUGUCAAAGAAUACCUCAAAUUGUAGAGUUGGCAAAUCGUUGCGAUCGAGUUUUAGACUGCGAAGAUGGUACGGAUGAGGAAUCAUGUACUUGUCGGGACUAUUUGAAAGGAUCGCUCAAUAUACUAAUUUGUGAUGGAAAAGUUGAUUGUGAGGACUUGACCGACGAAGAGAAUUGUGGUGACUGCAAUGAUGGUGAAUUUUUGUGCCCACUUUCGAAAACUUGUGUGUCGCUACAAAAACGUUGUGAUGAUAUUAUCGACUGUGUGUUUAAAGAAGAUGAGAAGGAUUGUUUCGCUCUAACGAAUGGCAAGAAAAUCAUUUUGGACGCCGAUAGACGACCAGUUUUGAACAAUGCCGGCAUAUUUUCUCGUAACAGUCACGGAAAAUGGCAAGUAGUGUGCUCUCAUGAGAUUCCCUUCUCUGAAGAAAUUGUCACGACGGCAGUUAAUGUAUGCGCCCAGCUUGGCUUCAAGAGUCUGAAAUUCUACAAUACAACUAAAUUCAUGACACAAGAUUCUAUAGUACCCAUACAUCCGGAUAUACAAAAGAAGAAUACGCAUUUGCGCACACACUUUUCCGGUAUAGCAGAGGACAAUCACCAUUUCUCCCACGCGGAACGACAUUUUCGUGUAAACGAUCAUGCAUUUAAGGCGCGUACUCAGUUCAUAGAACGUGUGAAGGAUGAGUGUUUAGGCCUCUUCGUGGAAUGUGAGGCUAAAUCGUAUAAGGUAGAGCCUAUCAAGACUGUAAGUGCGGGAGAGGCAGUAGCGCCGUCGGGUUUACCAUCAUCUGCACUGCAGCCAGAUUUAGAAACACAUGGAAAGCCGAAUGUCUUCGUCACACCGCCGCCAUCCACGUUGAUUAUGGUGAAGAAGAAAGAUGAAGUGCUUAAUAAGUUGGACGGUGUAAUCGAGAACCGUAAAAAUAUGUCCCUUUUGAUAGAUAAUAAAUUGCACGAGGCUGUAGAGGAGUUACACUGGCCGUGGGUGGUUGAUGUGUACGUAGAUGGACGGCUGUGGUGCGUCGGUGCAUUGGUUGAUAAAUAUUGGGUGCUGGUGCACGAGUCUUGCCAUUAUGGUGUUAGAUUCAACGUCAAUUAUAUUGCAGUUCUGUUGGGUGGUAGCAAAACUAAGAGCCUACGCCACAAAAGCGCACACGAACAGAUACAACGGGUGGACUGUUUUGAACAGGUGCCUAAAAGCGAUGUGCUACUGUAUCAUUUGGAAAAACCUGUGCGUUUUACACAUCACGUACUGCCCACGUUCCUACCCGACUUUGUCAGAGAGGCGGCUGACGACCCCUAUCAAUGCAUUGCUAUAUUACACGACGAACAGAGUGGUCGUAUCAAAGCAGUGUCCGCUAUUGAGGAACGUAAUGAUGCUCUUUGUAAGGUCUCGGACAUAUCUUGCUUCCGUCUAGUUGAACGAAAACCAUCACGGCAAUUGAUCGAUGGCUUAGGAUUGAGUGAUGAGGAUUUUGCCAGCUUGUCAGAAGAAAUUAUGCUAAGAGAAGAUUUAGAUACAAGUAUGGACUCGAUGGGAUCGACGAUCUCUCGUUUCACUACGUGUACACAGUUCGGCAAGAAAAACGUCAGUCGUACAGCUCUAGAACCUGUCGAUCAAGGUAUUUUGGCUUGCCGGCAAUCGGAUUCUGGCUGGUUCCCAUUGGCUUUAUUCGACUACAACAAUACGAAUUGCUACAGUUUUAAGGAUUCAUUUGCUUUGCGAACGCUAGAAAAGGCUUAUAGUGCUAUGCAGCAAUUAAUUGAUCAAUCAAAAUGUGAGUAUUCUAAUGAACCACCAGUCUGCAGCACUUUCCGUUGCACGCUCGGUGAUUGUUUAGAAGAGGAGCAAGUCUGUAAUGGGUUGAACGACUGCCAUGAUGGUGCUGAUGAAGAGAAAGAAAUGUGUAUUGGACGAAAAAAAGUUUGUCAGCCAUCGGAGUUGAAGUGCAGGUCAACAUAUAAGUGCAUACCAAAGACGAAAUUUUGCGAUCACAUAGCAGACUGUGAUGACAUGACCGACGAACCCACGCUUUGUUCCUGUUACACAUAUCUGCAAGCCACGGAUCCCAAGAAGAUAUGCGAUGGCAUACGCAACUGCUGGGACAAAAGUGAUGAGAGUCCAGCAAUUUGUAAUUGCACUUCCAAUCAUUUUCCAUGUGGCGUUUCAUCAAGAGAGUGUGUACCACGUGACUUCGUUUGUGACAAAGAGCCUGACUGUCCAAAUGGCGAAGAUGAGAAAUAUUGUGUGGGUCUCGAAUUUCCACAAGAGAUUAUCACGCAAAAGGUCGGCUUUACUAAGCCACCGCAAAUCAAACACAAGCAAUUGCCGCAGUACGGACAGGUAAUCGAACAGACCUAUGGCGUAUGGCACACAAAAUGCUUUCCACGCGAGAGUCCACCAGACGUAAAAGAAGUGCGGCAGAUAUGUAAAAAACUUGGUUUCAGUCCCUACAAACAGCCGAGUUAUCGCAUAAUUGAUGAUGCGGUCAAAGAAGUUGUCGUGACAAAUGAGUGGCCCGAUCAACGAGGACGAAGUUUCGGUGACGACGACGAGUCACCUCUGGAGGAACGAUAUCGCAGUGCCACUAAAGCGGUUGUGGUGAGUAAAUUCUCACCACUGAGCCUUAACGAAGAGCUGACGCUAUUCCUGAAGCCCAGCAGGCCCAUCGCCGAGGUGGCACACUGGAAUGCGACCGACUCUGACAAGUGCUAUCGGCUUGAAAUCAAGUGUAUGUAGUUGAAUAAUAUGUAUUAUGUUAGUUAGUAAUUUAGAAGAUGUGUAUGUGCUUUGUGAAAUGCUAGCAUUCAAGUUAGAUUUAGACUUAGGAAACUUUUUGUACUUUUGUAAAAAUAUAAAUAAAGAUGAUUCACCUCUGAUCUGGUGCGAACGGUA